GGCACAGGCGAGGGCAGCCCAGCCCUGUUCUUCACUUCCUGUCAGUGCUGCGCUGUUUAUGUAACAGUCCUGUCGAUCGGCAGGAUUAUCUGAUUGCGACUGAGAGCAACACACUGUGCUUCCUUAAGGAAAAAAGAGGUGCCAUCCAUUUCAAUAUAGUGUGCUGUGGUGAGGGCUGCCCCUACAGUAUUGCCACCAUGGCAAGCAGCAGAGCCUCCCUCUAUCGCCUCACCCUCCUGGCACUGCUCAUGGCGCUUCUGCCUCACACCGCCUUCACCAAAAAGGGAAGUGGAUCCAAAUCCAGCGGGGGAUCCAAGUCCAAGGGGUCGGGCGGGACCAGCAGCAGGAACCCCGGAAACACAGGACAGGGGGCUGGAUCUAACUACCCUAACACAGGACAGGGCAAACCUAACCCUGGAGGGGGCUACCCUAACACUGGAGGAGGCUACCCUAACACUGGAGGGGGCUACCCUAACCCUGGAGGAGGCUACCCUAACCCUGGAGGGGGCUACCCUAACCCUGGAGGGGGCUACCCUAACACUGGAGGAGGCUACCCUAACCCUGGAGGGGGCUACCCUAACCCUGGAGGAGGCUACCCUAACCCUGGAGGGGGCUACCCUAACACUGGAGGAGGCUACCCUAACCCUGGAGGGGGCUACCCUAACCCUGGAGGAGGCUACCCUAACCCUGGAGGGGGCUACCCUAACCCUGGAGGAGGCUACCCUAACCCUGGAGAGGGCUACCCUAAUACUGGAGGGGGCUAUCCUAACCCUGGAGGGGGCUACCCUAACCCUGGAGGAGGAUACCCUAACCCUGGAGCAGGCUACCCUAACCCUGGAGGAGGAUACCCUAACCCUGGAGGAGGCUAUAGUAACACUGGAGGAGGCUACCCUAACCCUGGAGGAGGCUACCCUAACCCUGGAGGAGGCUACCCGAACACAGGAGGAAGCUACCCUAAUCCUGGAGGAGGCACUCCAAAAAUCUACGGGCCAGGCUAUAACAGCCACAACCAGGGAAGGGCUCCCUGGAAUGGUGCUGGCGGCUCUCACUUCUCUCAGUCGGUGGCAGGUCAGGGGUUCAAGCCCUCCCACAAGUCCAAGGGGUUCGGCAAGAAGGCGGCGCUGGCAGCAGGGCUAGGGGUGGCCACAGGCAUGGCGAUGGGGUACGGGCUGAGCCGGAUGAGGUUCCCAGGCUCAUUCCCGGGCUCGUACCCAGGUGUCUACAGGGGCCCCAGGCUGGAGAUCGACUUCAACAGCGAGGAGGAAGAGCGCUACUACAACUACUACAUGUGGAAGCGCUACGUGGCCACCCCCUUUGGUGGAGACAGCGGGACGCUGAUGCAUUACUACUUCCGACAGCCGGCGCAGACUUACGAGAUGUAUCGGGAUCGGUGCUUGAAGAGAAAUGACCUGCUGCCCGGAAAGGAGACUGGCCGAGCUGUCCGUAGCCCAGUCGCUACUGAUGGAGACGGUCUGCGCAGCAAUGUUAACUCCACUGCCGCAGAUAACAGCAAAAACGCCACGGACAUCUUCCCCGGCAGAAACAACAGUGCUGUUGAUGCCACCAGUAACCCCGCUGUAAGCAUGAGCCCUGGAAAUAUUAACGCCACGGAAACUGAUGCAAAAAACAGCACCGGAAAUGCGGACGUGAAUAAUACCGCGGGAGAAGCAGCACGCGCACCCCGCCCGGCUCAGGAAGACAAAGACGAUGACGACUUGGUCGGCGUGAUGGACGUCGGCAAUCCGGAAAUGAUCGAGCAGAUGAAGCUGUACCGCUGCAUCGAGCUCUACGUGGAUUACACGCACCAGUACCUCACGAAACGCACCGAGACCCGCACGAGGAACACCCAGUCGGGGGCAGCGGCCAGGCUCACCGGCUCCCUCCUGCUGCUCCUCGGCACUCUGCUGCUGCAGUGACUCGGCGGGUCCAGCCUUCGAAUCCGGUCUGGACGUCAGUCCCUCGGUUAACCCCACUCCCUGCAGCACGUCUGAGCUUUGUAUCGCUUGCCUGUUUGAUUCUCUUCCCUUCUGACUACAUGUAAAUCCCAGUUACACAGUGGACAGCUUUAAAAUCAUGAAGCAUUGUUUUCUCUUUGUAUACCUUUUAUUUACAUACAUCUAUCUGUCUAUCGAUCUAUCGAUAUAUAUAUAUGAAAAUAGCUCAGUACUAACCCUUUCAGCCCUUAGUGCUGUUUGUUAACAUAAGCUGUCAGAAGUCACGUUGGAACCACACAGGACUCCUAGGUCCCAGUCUGACGUUGUGUAGAAAACAUAAAUAUUUGUUUCUCCUGUUCUCGUGUACUCAAUAAAGGAUAUAACUUUUA